UGGUAAACAAAAACUAGUUCAUCAUCGUCUGACCAUGACUGAAACGAUACAAUCCAUGAAAUCGAAAGUAUAGUGUUCACUAAAAGACGAUCAUGGGUUGCACCUUCGCCAAGGUACCUAAAGAUGGCAAAGGGAGUGUCCAAGACCUGAAUCAUGCAGGAGAUGCUCCAAGUGCCCCUCCGGCUCAAGACCCCCGAAUACCGCUAACUGCACGACAGAAGUUCAGCAUCUCAAAAUCUUGGAAAGCUAUCGCGAGAGCUAUGGAACAAACAGGAGUUACAAUGUUCGUCAAGUUGUUUGAAGAAAACGAAGAGCUUCUGGAGCUAUUCGAGAAGUUCAAGCACUUGAAGUCUCGGGAAGAAAGAGAACAGAGCGAAGAGCUCAGAGAACACGCAACCACAGUUAUGACGACACUCGAUGAAAGUAUCAUGUCUUUGGACAACGUCGACCACUGCAUUGACUACUUGAGAAACGUCGGAAGGACACACAGAAAGAUCAAGGGAUUCAAAAGCGAAUAUUUCUGGAAAAUGGAAGCUCCCUUCCUUGCUGCAGUUAAAGAAACCUUAGAGGAUCGGUACACUGAAAACAUGGAAAGCAUAUACAAGAUCACUAUUCACUUCAUUCUCCAGACUGUCGUCGAAGGCUUCGAAGGCACCCAGCAGCAAAAUAGCGUGUGACUGCACAUAAUGGCACUUAAAGCAAGAAAACCGUCCUCAACGGCACUUAAAUAGAAUUGCAUGCAUUGGACAUACACAUUCUGCUAACAAGAAUAACGAAAUACGUUCAUUGUGAAGCUGAAACUGUGACAGCGAUGAUUUUAUGACCUAUAUUCAGUGUUUUUUUUUUUUUUUUUUUUUUUUUUUUUUUUUUUCUCCUUGGAAGUCUUGGAACUAAAAUUUGAUUUAAAAUGGAACAGUGCUUCGUAUUGCUUCUUGCAGACAGAAUAUAGCUGCAAUGACUUAAAUCUAGUCUCUGUUGUUGUAUUUACUUUUUUAUACGUAUUUACCUUCGUUUAGUUCUUGUAAUUAUAUUUCCACAUCCUGUUUCUAUUCAUUUCAAUUGCUUUGAUGAAUUUGAAGACCAAUAACAAUAUUAGUGCAGUUUACGACUCUCGACCUGAAUAAAAGAAGACUGCUAAUUUUGAAAACGAACCUCAAAGAAUUUUUCCUCUCCUCCGGUGGCAUUACUUUACAUUUUGAUGCGUCGUUCAAUCAUUAUCUAGCAUUCGUAACCCAGAACUGAGGCAGUAAACUCAAGCCAAAUAUGCGGCAGCGCCAUCUGUUGUUGUUUAUUGAAAAUAUAUUCCCAAUUUCCCAUCAAAGCGAUGUGUUCCAGUUGUGUGUGACUUGUGACCAUUUAUCGCAUGUGUUUGGAAUUUUCAAGAGAAUGUGUUAGAAUUUCGAUGUCAUCUAGGCUCGGUUUGUUGUGAAAAUCGCCGUGUUAGAAGUUUUACCAUUGUGUAUAUAUUAAUCAUACCCAAGUUGACGUGUUUUAUGUCAAUCGUUCAACGUAUUGUUCUGAAAGUAGGCUUUCGCCUAAUAAUCCAAAGGACUGUUUUACAUUUUGAAAUAGUCAAUCGCAUUUAAAUAUCCAGAUCGUUCAGAAAUCAGAUAUUUGUAGAGAUAUCAGUACUUUUUCCUUUAAUAAUUUAAAAUUAAGCGCGAUAUUCCUCUAGUUAGAUAUUAAUACAACAGAUGUUAUACCAAAAUUUAUGCGUUUCCGUUUAGAAGGAAGCACUCUAACAAUAAAGAAAUGUUUAGGUUAAGUCUUACUUGCAUGGAUUAUUAACAAAAUAAAGGAAACAGGAUUCUUAAGUAUAAAUUUCUAUAAAUUCUUAAAUCGCGUUUUCUGGAAGUUCUUUUGCGAUUGGCUGUUUUUAGCUUUGCCAACCAUUUUAAUAUAUAAAUUAAAGACAUAACUGUUAUUCUGGACUGAAACGAGAAUUGAAAUGUUAUGUACUUCAUUUCUAUCAAUGUUGUAUCCCAGUUAUUUUCAUGAUUAAUGUGAGUGUAAUACUGUUUGCAUAUAUAUUUUGCAAUUAUUCAGAACUGCCCAAUGGCAACACCAAUCAACGAUUGGAUGUAGUAGGCUAAAUAAGCCAAUUCUAUUUCGACAUAUUUGGAAAUUUAAAUUCGUCUUGGUUGCUAAAAAUAGCGCAAUUUUAGGAUGAGUUUACUCCUAGUUAAUUGUUGAUAAAAACUUAGCAGAUUAUUCCUAAAGAUAUUUCUCUAAUUUCUGAGCAAUUUUCAAAUUGUAGACCUUCUUACGCAACCUAAUGAUCAAUCAAUUAUUUUUUUGUGCACUUUUGAAUCAUCAAGAUUCUUAAUAUGCUUAUUAAAAUUUAAAAUGAACUAUUUUUACAAUAUUCGAAAAUAUAGAACUUCAGAAGAAAAUCAGUCAUAAAAUACAAUAUAUUUUAUUAAUGAAUUUUUUAUCUAUGUCGAAAUAAUUUUUUGUAGUAGUCUUUAAAUUACGACUAAACACGUAAGCUUAUUUUUAAAAGAUCUUUCAAAUUUUAAAUCAAAAAAUAUAUUUUUGUAUAUGUGACUCGGUUUGUUUUCAGAGUUUAAGACUCACUUGGACAUAAAUCUCUUCAAUUCAUUUUGACAAAUGGUUUAUUAUCAAAAAAUAUGUAUAGAUAUUUGUAUUCCACUAAAUAGAAAAAAUAAUUAUUUGCCUUACAUAUAAACAACCUAUCAAGAUAACUGUAAUCAAACAGAAAAAUUUACGUAACCGUAUUAUGAAAAAUAUGUUUCAAGUAUUCUAUUUCUUUAAUGUAAUUAAUAUACUUAACGUGAAAUUUUAAAAAAUCUGGAUUUAUAAACUGAAAAGGCACAAAAAUCUGGUAUUUAUGUUCAAACUUCCAUAUCUGUUAAUAAAUUAUAGCGAAGUAUUUAGCGUUAUCUGUGUAAAAUAAGCACACUUCAGUUGCUUUUAAUUAGCGUAUUUAUUUUUUUGAUAUUAUCUAAAGUCUAAACUUUACAAAAACAAUACAGUGAAGAAACAGUUAGUUCGGAAAACGAUAUAUGAAGAUGAAAAAAAAAUAAAAUAUGGUAAAACGAAAUAUCUCAGAUAUAUAAAUAUCAUUCUACGAUGACAAGUAGACAAUAUAUGAUUUUACUGAUGACAAGUUUUCUACUUCACAAACGUACUAUGAGGAUAAACUAAUAAAUUUCAUGUGAGAGUAACUAAAUAAAUUAUAAACAUAUAAUUAUAAAUAAAUUUACUGCUUAUAAUACGGAUUUUUCGAUUCCACAGUGUUAAACUUCAUCUAAGUAUUUAACUCACGAAGAGCGAUCUUUCAAUCAGUUUGAGUUGAGUGAACUAAACUCGAAAUAAAACGCAAUAAAUUUGUAGCAUAAAGCGAGUUUAGAAUUAUACUCAAACUGCUUCUGAAUGCCUUUUGAUAUUAAACAAUGAUUUGCACCGAAAUGACAGAGAGGGCGCUUUAAGCAAAUGUGAGUCGCUGAAAAUAAUCGAUGCAUGAAAAGGAAUCGAUUCCUUAACCCUUGUAUUUGUUUCACAAUUUACACACUAUCUUUCCGCUGUAUCGAUUUCACGAAAACGAUAAUCCAGUUAGGAACUUUGUAAAUAGAAUUUUUAGACCAGCCAUGUUCAAUGUAUAUUGUAACAGAAGACAUGGUCAAAAAGGAAGCUAACCUCAUGGUGAGAAAUUUGCUGCCGAAAACAAAAGAAAUUGAGUUGUGUCAUUGAUUGAGCUUUAGCGGUGAAGAAGGAAAGCAAUGCACGAGACUGGAGACUAAAAUAAAUAGAACAAUACUUUAAGGCAUCUAAGAAACAGAAAACCACUUCAAAAAAAUUCUUACAUGGGUAAAUUUUGCAGUAAUUGCAGAUAAACUAUGUAACAAACAUAAUUACGCUAGAGCGUCUUUGAGAACUAUUUAAGAAAUAUCAAACGAAAAUCAACUGUAGACACAAAAAGAAAACAACUAAGUAAAGCUAUAAAAUAUAUUGUAUUCCUUCCUCAAAUGUAAAUAUCAAAACUUUUCUAGUACAUGACAUUGUGUCGUUUGAACUCUAGUAAUCUGGAGUUGCAGUCGUUAAUUAUUCUUUUUAGGCUUAGUGAAAAUAAGGAGUUUUUUUUUUUUUUUUUUUUUUUUUUUCUUUUAUUGCUGAUACUAGCCAUUUUAGGUUUUGGCUACUACUAAGACCACAAGCAGUAUGCAUUUUAUUAUGGAAGCACCUAAAAAGCGGCAACUGGCCACUGUUACCUCCUAUAAAAAGAAAGGCAAUUUACAUCUAUACCUACUCCGAGAUUCGAACCCAAGCCCUUCGGUACUACCGUCAGAGUUACUAACCACUUUCCCGACUGGACGGCUAACGAAAUUAAGGUUGUCAUAAAUUGAUUUAAGUGUUCUGUUUCUCCUUCCUAAAUACUAUAAAAUACUAAUAUAACUCGGUAUAAAUUUUAAGAAAAAACUAAAUUAUUUUAGACGAAUGUGAGUAGCGUGUAAAUUUUACUACAUUAUUCGGCAAAUAGAAAGUAAUUCCUUAACCGUAAGAAAUGGCCCUUUUCUGGAAACACAGUAUCGUCAUGACAUUUCCUCCUCUCUGCAUAAAAACCCUUUCGUUUCAUAAUUGCCGUUUACGCAAAUAACGAAUUAUUUUUAUUCUAUAUUCCGCUCAGCAGUUGCUAGGCUCACAAAAGUUAACAGAAAAGUAGCAUUAAGUAUAGAAAUGCUAAAACUGCAAAAGGCUCUAAAGAUCAGUGUCUUUCAAUGAUUACGUUUGUGGUCUAUACGAAGUUUCGGAGAUGGGAGUGGGUUAUUUAAUUAUGGAAAAGCAAUUUAAAACUAUUUACAUUAAGCCUUUCCAAAAUGUUCCGAUAUUACGUAAUUUAUUGGAAAACCGGAAAAUAUACCAUACAGUCAUUUCGUUCAAUCCCAGAGAAUAAAAAUCUAUGGCAAACUGCUGGCAUAUCAGAUGUUUUCUCCUUUCUCCACCGAUUGAAGAUGCAUAUCCCAGUAGAAUCAUGGCCCUCCCUGUUAUAUACACCCCAUUAAAAAAAUAUUUGUCUUGUUAUCCCUCUAAAACUACCCUCAUGUAAAAAAAUCAGACUUUAUUAAAUCCGUAGCGCAUAAAAUUUAAAUACAUUGCACAGCACAAAAAUUUAUAAUGAUAUGUUGUUGUGACUUAAUCUCACUUGUCUAACAGUAGCAUCAGAAGCCCACGAAAUUCAUCGUGGUAAGGAGUGCAAGAUCGCACCUGUCUUUGGUAAAACCCUUGAGUACCAAGGUGGCAGUAGGUUUUGGGACAAUCAGGUGACAGUACGACUUUGCUCAGUUCCUCCCCACCCCCUUUUAAAGGACAGCACUCCGAGGGGACGGGUCUGAGGAUCUCUCACCCCUCUUCUCUUACCACCAACUUCUUCACCGCAUAUUUAGAGUACCCUCAUGACGCACAAACACUGUAUAUUUACAUAUAACCAUGCCUUCUUCGGAAUUCGAAUCCGGGCCCUUCGGUAUAGCAGUCAGCGUCGUUAACCACUAUUCCGGUUGCUAGGAAUAAUGAAAAGUAAAAAAUAAAUGGAAGUGAAAAAGUGAGCCACUCAUCACUGUUGGACCUCGUAAGAAAGGAAAUCUAGAAUUUUAUCGUAAAAACAUAAUAAUAAUAAUAUAGCACAUUAUGAUACGACUAAUUUUUCUAGUCAAAAGCAUUGAAGUACAAAUUAAAUAUGAAUAAGUGAUUGAAAUUUGCUUUUUGUUAGAAAUGCCUCUGUGAGUUUAGUGCAUAUUCCUACCACAUUAAUAACUUAAAAAAUAUUAAAACUCUGCUAAAAAGUUGUCAUAAGGGUAACAAGCAGAAAAAGUUUUCUGAGUUAUAUGCACGAUUUGCUGAAAAACUAUUAAUAGCAACUGAAAUGUCCUAUUUUAUGCAGUAAAUAUCCCAUGAAUCAGAUUAAAAUCAUUCUUGCUUCGAUUUCUCAUUUAAUCAUUUUCGAAUUUUUCAUUAAAAUACGCAUUUCUGAAAUCGUAACGUAGCGUCCAAUUGUUGGAGACCAAAUUUCUGUUCAACAUCAGUAAAAUGUAUUCAUAUCUAUGGUACUUUUACCGAAGUAUGUGCGCCAUAUUUAUCGAAAUUAGAACUUCCUGUUACAUGAUAACAUGUCGUAGAGAAUAAUCACUGUUAUGUAUUAUAUUUGUAAAUGUGCCUGAUGUUCAACCAUAUAUAUAUUGCCAAAGUGAAUUUGUACUAAUGGAUUGAAAAUGAAAAUUAUUUCAAAUGCUUACGUAAAACAUAGAAGAUGUCGAAAUAUAUUAUAUUUAAUCAAGAUUAA